CAGAACAGCAGUGAUAAAAAGAAGGAAUGAUGGCUGAAUUCAGAUGGAUUAAAACAUCUUUAUUUCUGAUUCUGGUGCUUCAGUUUACAGCAGCAACAGGACAACUUUCGGUCUCCUUCGCUGUCAGAGAUGGAGAUGAAGUCACUUUUCCUUGUAACAAUGUGUUAGAGGAUCAUAAGAACUGUGACACUACUACGUGGAACUUUAGUGAUUCAAGAAGCAGUGCAACAGUAGAGCUGGUUUCACUUGGAAAGAUUGGUGAAACAGCCAAAGUUAAAUCAGACAGACUGAGUGUUUCAGAGAACUGUUCUCUGGUUAUAAAGAACGUCACAGAUGAAGAUGUUGGUCGUUAUGACUGCAGACAGUUCAGAUCAGGACGACAACGUCGACAGGCUUUGGUUUAUCUGUCUGUUGUUACCAUGACUGAACACAAGGACACUGAUGAGGUGACGUUAAUCUGCUCUGUGUCGUCAUAUGGAGGAUGUAGACACACAGUGAAGUGGCUGCUUCAGGGUCAAGAUGUGGAUAAAGACCACAAAGACUUGAAGACAUCAACGUCUUCCUGCAACGCUUCUCUGAUGUUUCUGACUUCUCAUUACGUUUACACAUCGAGGUAUAAGACAGUGAAGUGUGAAGUGACUGAAGGUGACAAAGUGAAGCAGUUUCCUUUCAGAAUUUGGCCCGAAGGUGAGACAACAGGUGAAGACACAACAACAACACCAACUGAAGACGGCUGGUGGAGGUUCAUCGCUGUGUCUGUUGUAUUAGCAGCACUCAUAAUAAUUGUUGUGGCCGUCAACAUGUGGAAAAGAAUUAAAGAGAAGAAAACACAGAUGGAUGAAAUCAAU